CCUAAUAAGAAUUGAAUGGAUUCAAUAUGAAAGAGAGAUAUGCGAGAGAAGUGUGUGAGUGUAGAUGAUGAAGAUGAUGAUGAUGUAUGAUAGGCCUGAAUGGAAAAAGAGUACAGGCUACGCUGACCCUACAUAAUCGGAUAGGGCCAUGAAGAAGAACUAUCCUUACAAAUGUACUGCGCUUGGUACCAUCACCUUGCCUAUUUUUACUGUGAAACAAUAAUGCAUUUUCAUUUAAAGGGCAACCAUUGUACCGUAAAAACGAAGACUUUAGAAAUCAUAUCUCAAGGUGAGUGACGAGUGAGUGAGUGACAUUUACGUUGUAGAUGUCUAUGGGCUCCGGUAAUCACUUAACACUACCCAACUGGGUAAACUAGCUCAUGGCCCACCUGGUGUUAAUAUUUUUUUACUGCUUAGUUAAACAAUAAAAAAACAUUAAUGAAAACCCAUUGAAUAUUAUCUAUAUUCAUAAUUAAGAGUUUUUGGGCGAUAUUUCAAUAACAUACCAAAAGUUGAAUUCGUUAUUUAACAAGCAAUGUUGUAAAGGAGUACUUAGUUAUUUUUUUAUAAUUUAAUAAUUUAGUUCGUAAAUUGGAACAUCUCCAAUUCCGGCGUAAAAUAUGACACUACUUGAGAAAACUCUAGAGAGGGUAGUUUUCUGUUACCACAGAAAAGUUGGCUGCGACGGUCACGCUGGUCGUGAUUCGUGUAUAGCAAAAUAAGUAAAUUCACUAAAUGCCAAUUAAAGUUACCUAAGUCCAAAAUUCAUUAUUGAAAGUUUGCGUGUUGCGAUCAAGAUGGAGGCGAAUAAAGAAAACGAGAAUCGUUUUAUACCUCAAACAAGAAUUCCAUUACCGAUGGAGCCAUUGCCAGCAUUACCGAGACAUCUACUAAAAGAGAUAAAUUUUAAAGCAUUCGAAAAUAGCAGACAGCCCUUGAAGACGAUUAACUCACAAUCCAUGCCUGGUCAGAGCAAUCAAAGUAAGUCCUUUAAUCCUAUGGUACCUGGACACAGCCGCGGCAAAAUCGCACCUAAUAAACCGAAAUCACCGACCAAUUUUGAUUCGAAACAUGUAACAACGAGACAAGGAAAUGACGAUUUGGAUUGGAACUACAAUAUAUUUAAAGACGAGAGAAAUAACAGUGUAAUUUCCGUAAGUGACGAGGAGAAUGAUAAUGAAAAUUUAAAAGAAUUGAGGUAUUUUGUUGAGAAUAGAACUAAGAAUUGUUUUGAAGAUGCUAGAAUGGCUAUUACACCAGUAGUGAAGUCUUCGACUCUGGAGGCUGGUGGUGUUCGAAAUAUAAAAAGAAGCCUGAAGAGACCACAUAGCAGGGAGUUGCAAGGUCUCUCUCCGAUGGAAAAACAAGAGAGAAAAGCAGAAGAAAGAGUCAAGAGAAGACUACAUUUUAACGAGCGUUUGCAAGAAAGAUUACAGUCACCCGACUACCUGAAGAAAUGCUACAUGAAAUGUAUGACCCGGGACUAUACGACCGAUAUGUUCAACUAUUUAAUAUGUGCUGAAACGAAGCCAUUGGAGGUACCUCGAACGUCUAGUAUUACACGAGCUUGCGUUAUCAACUGGCUAAUCAAAGUUAAUGGAUCUGACGGGAAUCCAGCUAUCAUUCACACUGCCUGUUGGUACCUCGAUUCGAUCUUAGGCACCAGUCAAGUUCAGCUGGACAAGCUGCAGCUCGUUGCGGCAGCUUGUUAUUGGAUAGCGCAAAAGCUGCACGGGCCAGUGCUCACUGCGACGAGAUUAGUGAAAUGCGCUAAUCACGCAUUUUCAGCGAGUAGAUUGAUGGCUGCCGAGAAAGUUGUUCUGCAGAAACUUAAAUUUCCAACCCAACCAGUGGUCCCACAGGAAUUCAUAACUUACUUAUCAUGGUGGUGUGACAAUAACCAUCCCGGAGAGAUUGAAGUUGCAGCCACCUUUUUAUGCAUGUCAGGACUAAUGGUAGACAAAGCGCUAUGCGAAGAGUAUCCAUCAGCUAUAGCGGCAGCUUCAGUUAGAAAUGCUCUGCUGUUGCUAAGAAAACGGGAUCUGAUGAUGCGACUGGCGAUGUGUCCUGUAUACAAAUCAGCAGAGAAGAAAACUACGAACAUGAGCUACGUGUGCUCCAUACUCCGUAGGGCUGUACGUACGAUUGCGGCUCCGAUCUAUGAAUACAAAGCGCCCUUUGACCACUACGGUAUACCUCCGAACUACAUAGCACAGAGGAUCAUCAAUGCUGCCAACGAUCUCGCUGUCAUCGAUACUAGAGUUAUAAGCAACGACCAGUCAACACUUUUAACUAGCCUGUAUAAUAACUAGGAAUUGUAAUAAGAAUAAAAAUGCGUUUUUAA